UAAAAACGACUUCUUUCCGAACCACGAGCAUGUUGGGAUACACACACACACACACACACAGAGGGGUCGGUGUGACAUGCUGACGAGCCGUGGGAAUGAUGACUAGGGAGGAGGGCUUCCUGCCUGCUGCUUUGCUGACUGGGUGGCUUCUACUAUUGCCAGACUGUAGCUGCAGCGGCUCUCCCUACCAGUCAGCUGAGUGUCAGAUGACCCCGCAAAAUAGUGGCCCGUUCUAGUCUGCUACAUAUAAGCUCCCCAAGGGAAGGCCAAACUGGAAUGAAGCGGAUGGCCCAUGUGGACUGAAAUAUGAAGACGUUAACUUAAAAGAGGGGUCUGCCACUGGUAAAAUAAGAGAAUCUGGAAUCAGAAUCCUUGAUUUCUUUUUUUUUUUUUUCAUUUCUGUGGCUGUGAAUGUACAAAAACAACUUUCAGGACGCCAUGCAAGUCUUCACUUUAUGAUGGCCUUCCUGUGACACUUGGGCCAAAAAAGCAGAUGGAAAUACAAUAAAACAUAAAGAAAUUCUACCUGGAAUAACCAUUUGCGCCUUUUUUUUUUUUUUUACCUCUCAGGCUACGCAAUCAUUUUUGAAGUUCACUACCCCUGCAACUCAUCUGGCUGGCUCGGUGGAAUUUCUAAAGUAGACAGUCAACAGCGAGUUCUUGAGUUCAUCAUGUUUAAGCCUGAAGUAACCCUCUAGCACUGGGAACGUCACACCUCAUCCUGCUGAGCACUGAAAAACACUCUGAUCCAACCAUGCUGCUAAAGAAAAAGUUGUGUAUCACUGCACUGUUCGGCGGCAUCCUGUUUUUUAUGAUCGCCUCGUACACCAUCCAGAAGAACAGCUUCCUGAUUCACUUUUACGAACCUGCUCGCAGCACUCACAUGACCUAUAGGAACAUGCAGACACAAAUCAAGACUGAGAUGUGGCAAAAUCACUCAUGUAGAUGCAAAACGUAUUGUAUUACGGAUAAAGGCAUCUCAAAGUGGUUCGACCAGCGCUUCGACCCUAAGCAGCAACCUUACCUUAGUUUAAAAAAAUAUCAAAUAGAUCAGGAGUCAUUACAGUGGUGGCUGAAUUUGCAGAGGUCACCUACCAUGUCUGUCAAUGAAACAAUUAAGAAGAUGUUUACAGUAAUUUCUGAUCCUGCAAACAAAAACCGUCAGCCAGAUCAGUGUCAGAGGUGCGCUGUGGUGGGAAAUUCAGGAAAUCUGCUGCAAUACAAGUAUGGAGCCAUCAUAGACUCCCAUCCCACUGUCUUCCGGAUGAAUAAAGCUAUGACAGCGGGUUACGAGCGAUAUGUAGGGAACAAGACCACUCAUCAUAUCAUGUACCCCGAGAGCGCUGUAGACCUGGCUCCCGGCACCCAUCUUGUCCUGCUACCUUUUAAACUGAAAGACCUUGAAUGGGUGGCCAGUGCCCUUUCAACUGGGAAAAUUAAAAUGACGUACAUGAGAGUGAAAGAAUUUGUGCAAGCAGAUAAAAAUAAGGUGAUCGUGGUGAAUCCGAGCUUCUUUAAGUACAUUCAUGACAACUGGACAGAGCAUCAUGGUAGAUACCCGUCCACUGGUAUGCUGGCCAUCGUGUUCGCGCUGCACCUGUGCGACGAGGUCUCAGUGUUUGGAUACGGUGCAGAUCCCGAGGGAAACUGGCAUCACUACUGGGAGAAGAACAAAUAUGCUGGAGCAUUCCGCAAGACAGGUGUGCACAAUGCUGACUUUGAACAUAAGAUCAUUCGGAAUUUGGCCAAAGCAGGCAAAAUUAAACUCUACAAUUACACAAAGGGGAAAAGUAUGUCUCCUAAUGACGUUUAUUGAAUACAUUGGGGCUACGUAAGCAUACGAUGGAGUAAAGCCGAGCCAAAGAAGUGCCACAAACAGCUGUGAUCCGCCCAGCUAUUAAAUGACCACUGUGAGUUACGCUGAACCAAACCCGCUGACAACAAGCUGUAUUCUCUACAGACCAAACAGUCCUUAAUUAUUAUUAUUUUGUUUUAAAAAUAUUCUGUUGUUUCUUGCUGUGUUUUUUUUAUACUGCAGCAGUUUUAUCUAAAGGUUCAGAAACUAAAGGAAGUGAGCAGACAAAAGCAGCUACGGGGAGCAGCUUAAGGCUGAAUUUGUCGACACUGUGCUAAACCUAAUAGCCUUAGAGAUGCAGAUUUAGGGGUUGUCCAUCCUUAGGCCCAGUGCUAAGAAUACAAUAAGCAAAACAAUGGUGAAAACCUGUUGACAUUAAACCACUUACUCAUGUCUAAGACAACAAGACACAGUUUGAGUUUUAAUUAAGGAAUGUCUAAGGAAAGUGUCAUUCUCUACAGAUGUGAAAUCUGUUUUCAUUUGGGACAGAGAGAAAACGGCAAUAACUAGGCUUUUUUUUUGGGGGGGGGGACUGUAAUAUGUCAUGGGCAUCCGCACGGAUUUUGGUAACAAUCGAACAGACAGUAUUAUAGACGGUAUAGAUAUAGAAGGACAAAGGUCAACCCCUACAGCUACAGGGUGUUUUAUAAGUCUUCUCUUUUUCACAUUAUGUGAGGCAUUGUAAAUGAUGUUUUGAAACCUCAGCUGUUUUCAGCAUUAUGGAUCUGUGGCCUUUUCUACUUCAAAGCAGUGAAGUAAUUUAAUUCUAGUCAUAGUUUCCUCAAUGUUAUUUAAUUUUUUAUUUUUUUUAGUAGCAUGCAUACGAACACCUCCUACCUUUUUUAUUUUUAGCAACAAGCAAAGCAGGGCGAUUGACUUUAACCAGUGGAGAGAGACAGACAUAAAACAAGGCUGUAAUGUGGUUCAACUAAUUUCUUUCACAAUAGUGAAAAAACUGAAUUUCUUUUUUUUUUACUUCCAAUUUUUUUUUCUUUUACAGUUUUUUUCUUUCCAAGUUUUCUUUGUUACAUGACUGUGGUUUAAUUUGUAUGUUUUUUAUAUAUAUAUUUAUGAAUGUAUUGUGUUUUUUGUUGUACACGUCAUUGCCCUGUGUUUAUUACUGUGGUCUACUGACACAUAAAGUCUUGUCACUUGAGCACAGAUUCACUAAAGAUAAUCAUUCCUUUUAGGAUGGAAGAAUAGAUAGAUAGCCUAUUUUGUACAUGCAUGAAAAUAAUUUAGUGGAUGUGGAUAUUUGUUUCCAUAGCAUGAAAUUUUCAGACUAUGGGAUGAAUAAAGGUAUAUCUUAUCUUAUUAUUCAAAAUGGCAAAUAUUUAAAAUGAUAAACAAUAAAAAGUUGAGAAUAGAUAGCAAAACAUUUUAAUUGGUAAUACAGAUUGCUAUUACAUUUUACAUAUAAAUUAAAUAGUUUUUUUAUUUCAAUUGUACUUUAUCAUAGACUUGAAGAAAACGACAAAGAAAAACAUGAAUUUCAUUUAUAAACAUAAUGACAUCACAAACAUAGUCACAGCUCUUAACUUGUACUUAAGUGUGCAAGUAGAAAAAUAAAGAAUGAAUCGAUCAUCUUGGUUACUUGUUAUUUAUAAAAUAAAACAGUUCAAACAUUA